AUGUCUGACCAUUCGCUCGAAAGCGUCGCCAACGGUGUGUCCUCAAACCAUGCGCUGCCCAGUGAAAUAAUCUCACAAAGGCCCAACGGCAUAAAAGAUGGCGAGGCUGGCGAUGCGUUUGCUUCUCGAGCUGAUGAGUUGCAAACCCUUCUCGCAUCUGUCCUCGACCGGCUCAUCCCCUUCGUUCGACAAGCCGACUUGGAGCGCAAAGCUCACCAACUCCAACAACCCGUAUCUACGUCUUCCAUCCUUGAAUCACACUCUCCCUCAGAUUUGCUCUCCAUCCUGGCGUCAAACGGCACUCUGUCGCUGCCUCUUCGGGGUGCUGGUCAACGCGGACUGUCCAGUUCUCUAUCUUCGAUAUUGAAAUACAGUGUCAAUACCUCAGCUCCCGGUUUUCUCGACAAGCUGUACUCCGCCCCUCUGCCUCCCGGGAUAGCGGCAGAUUUGAUUCUCAGCGUCCUCAAUACAAAUGUGCAUGUCUACCAGGUUUCUCCCGUGCUCUCACUCAUCGAGACCUACACCACGAAAGCUCUUGCAGCAAUGUUCGGCUUCGCGGGCCCGAGGGCCGGAGGGAUCAAUGUUCAAGGCGGGAGCGCGAGCAACAUGACCAGUAUUGUCAUUGCCCGGAACACGCUGUUCCCGGACACGAAACAGUCAGGGAACCACGCUGGAGGAAGACAGUUGGUAAUGUUCACUUCUGAGCAUGGACAUUAUAGUAUUGAGAAGGCUGCGCAACAAUGUGGUUUUGGUUCCGAUAGUGUCAUUCCCGUCCCCGUUGAUCCGUUGUCUGGGGAGAUGGACCCCGAGGCAUUCGAGUCCUUGAUUGAAAGAGAGAAGAGUAAGGGAAACACUCCAUUCUACGUGAAUGCCACGGCCGGAACAACAGUCCUGGGAUCAUUUGAUCCAUUCGCUGCUAUUGCACGGAUUGCCAGAAAACACGGGCUGUGGAUGCACAUCGAUGGUGCCUGGGGCGGAAGUUUUGUCUUUUCCGACAGUCUACGUCAGACAAGGCUAAAGGGGUGUGAGCUCGCUGACAGCAUCGCCAUCAAUCCGCACAAGAUGUUAGGUGUUCCAGUGACCUGCAGCUUCCUCUUGCUCAAAGAUCUCAAAAAUGCCCACAUGGCAAACACCCUCCGAGCUGGAUACCUGUUCCACGAUGAGGAUCAAGUCGAGCCGCUUGCUAGGCAGCUAGAACUGAACGGCCAUGGUCACCUAGAAUCGCGCAACGAGGAUUGGGCUCCUCCUGACGACCUGGCCGAUCUGACCCUUCAGUGUGGACGCCGCGGAGACAGUCUGAAACUCUUUCUCUCCUGGCAAUACUAUGGGACACUGGGGUACUCGUCAAAGGUCGAGAAUGCGUAUGCAGUCGCUUGCUACUUUGCAGGGCUUGUGGAGAAGAGUCCAGACCUGCUGCUGGUGAGCACGAAUCCUCCGCCUUGCCUGCAGGUGUGUUUCUACUAUGCUCCGAGGGGCAGAAUGGUCCAUGACACAAGCAAUGAUACCGAGGUCCAGGUGAAUGGCAGCAAUGGGAGCGACGAACGCGGUAAGGCUGGAACUGUCGGCAAGCGCAACUCGGCGAUUACGAGCCGGAUAGCUCGCUCUCUGAUUUCUCGAGGCUUCAUGGUCGAUUAUGCGCCGGCUUUGGGCCAUGAGGUCGAGAAAGGUUCCUUUUUCCGAGUGGUUGUAAAUAUCUCCACCACCAAGGAGACGGUCCGGAGGUUGGUCGAGGAAGUCAGCCUUGUUGGACGAGAGGAGAUGUCUAGAGCCUCGUAA